GAGAGGAUGGAGGCGAUGGUGCUGCUGAACGCGCUGGGCACCCGGGUCCUCUUCGCCCUGCACGCGCUGCUGGGCGUCUGGCGGGUUACGGAGGUGAAGAAGGAGCGCAAGUACUGGCUGCUGGCGCUGCUCAACCUCCUGUUGUGCCUGGAAACGGCGCUCACGCUCAAGCUCAAGCGGGGAAGGGGCUACAAAUGGUUCUCACCGCCGAUCUUUGUCUAUCUCAUCAGCAUAGUGCCCUCCUUGUGGAUUCUGGAACUUCAGCCUAAAAACCAGCUUUGCCCCAAUGAAUAUGAGCAGCUGGUGAAGAACCACAGUGAACAAGUCAGACCCAGUUACAGAAAUGAGACCACGGCAAACAACAUCAUGGAAAAGCUGCAACAGGCCCAGGAGUUUGUCAGCACGCUCUCCAAACUGUGUGAGCCCAUCUGGACGCUGAGCCUCCACCAGACCUUCCUGCUGCUCCUCAUCCUGGGCCGCUGGCUCCUUCCCAUCGGUGGGGAGAUCACCAGGGACCAGCUGUCUCAGCUGCUGCUGCUCUUCGUGGGCACCGCCGCAGACAUCCUCGAGUUCACCAGUGAAACGCUGGAAAUAGAGAACGUCCGGAACAAAGAUGCUCUGGUCUAUGCAAUCCUAGCCGUGUGGACUUGGAGCAUGUUGCAAUUUCCUCUGGAUCUGGCAGUGCAACAUCUCAACUGUGAUCGAGCAGCUUCAUCCACAAAAGUUUUUCAUCUGCUCCUCUGCAGACACAGUGCCGACCUGUGGAACAUCGGCAUCAGUUUGUUCAUCCAAGAUGGCCCUUUCCUUGUGGUGCGCCUGAUCCUGAUGGGCUACUUCCAAGUGGUGAACCAGAUGCUCGUGUUUUUUGCGGCCAAGAACAUUUUGAUCGUGAUGUUGCAGCUGUACCGCCUUGUGGUGCUGUCGCUCGACUUCCACGCCUCCCUCCAGCGCAGAGCAAAAAGCCAGAAAGGAGUCACUUCCUGUUGCCCCUGUGAGCCCAACUCCAUCAACCUCCCAUCCAAUGGCCUGCUGGACGGAGGCGACUCUACUGGCCUGGAGGAGACCUUCCCAGACUCAGCUGAGUGCUUGUGAGGGAAGGUCUCUUCUGCCCCAGGACCAGCCCUUCCCUCCGGAAGGCCUUGGCAAGCAGACUGUUUGUCCACUGGAAGACAAGGGUCCCAUCCUAGCAGCAAAGGGGAGAUAUUUGAGAUAGAACAAAAUCCAUUCUAUUGAUUGGGUAGGUUGAUUGACACGGUAUCCACAGUAUUCAUGGUAUUCAUCCAUUGUCUAUCUGAUGGGACUCAGCUGAGGUAGUUUUGUAGGUUCUUCUUCUUUUUGUUUUGUUUCAAUGUGUGACAUUUGCAGACUCCGUGAUUGUCUUCAGAGCCCUGCCAUAGCAGAAUCUUUACCUGAAAUUCAGGUCUACGUCUGGGGCAUAAUGGAGGUCCCCUUGAUUUAGUCUGAGAAUUCAACUUUGACCAAUACAGAAGUUCCAAUAAAUGGGAAGAGCAUUUUCCGGCUUCCUGUCUGUGCCAGACACAUUAUGUAUUCAGUGAAUGCAACAAUGGCUAGUUUUGCAAUUACCUUUUCCUCGUAUAGAUUGAGGGUGGUGUGGCUUGCCAUAGAAGGGUUUCAGAGUCUUGUGUCACGCUACAGUUUGUUCUAGUGAUUAAAGGCCAUUUUCUUCCUGGUUCUAUUUUAUUUCACACUAGCAUUGAGUCUGAUGUAACCUUGUCCCAGUUCACCUGUGUCUACCCCCUUUACAUUGCCUCUUUUCCACAAAGCAAUGGGCCACCUUCCACUGAUCCAGGUACGGGAUUUUCCUGGGGGAGGGAAGAAAAAUCCAGGUGGGCGUGGCCUUUCCAGGUGAGUGUGGCCUGUCUCUAAGACAACAUGGUUGGGAGAUCUACUCAGGUUCUCCCAACCAAGAUGUUGCCCUCAAGAAUAAAUCUUCAGGAAAGUUCUGAUGGAAACACAGCCAAUCCCCUCUUGAUCCUCUACCAUGCCAUGAAUUUUGUCUUUCAAUAGGGGGUCCCCAAA